AUGUAUAUUCUCUCUCUCUCUCUCUCUCUCUGUGACGUUUCCUUGUCCGUUUACCAAAUUUUGAUUUUCGUCAUUUCGUUUUUUUUUUAUUCUUCAUUUCUCUCUCUUUUUUUCUUUCGGUGUUUUCAUUAUUUUUUUUCUUUCCUUUUUCUUCCUUACUUCUUUUUUAUGCCUUCUUUCUUUCUUUUUUCUUUCUUUCUUUCUUUCUUUCUUUCUUUUGUGUUCUCUUCGCUUUUUUUCUCUAUACGUUCCUUUUUCUUUCUUUUCAAUUUUGUUCAGGCAGCUUUAAUUCUUGUCUCAUCUUCUCUCUUACAUCUUGUUAUCACUUUCUUUUCUCUCUUUCUUUUCCUUUCAGAUUUUCAUCUAUCUAUCUAUCUCAUAACUCAGCAGACACACACAGACUCUCUGUCUCUUUCUCUUUCCAUCUCUAUAAAUAAAUCAAGGAUUCUUUCACUUUUCUUUUUCACACUUCUCUACAUUUUCUCUCCUUUCUUCGCUUUUUUUUUAUUAUUUUAUACUAAACUUAUCAAUAAAAAAAAAAAGAAAAUGAUUUUUCCAAACUUUUUCUCCUUGAUGUUCUCUCUCCCCCAAUAA